AGAUCAUGUCUGUCCUCCUUCCCCAGCAGCAGCAGCAGCAGCGGCAGAAGCCUCUGAGCCUGGGUCACUAAUCAGAGGCAUGGGUUUCCUUACCAGUCUGUCCGUGGAAACCUGGACUUUACUAGUGGUUUGUGGCACUCUGCUGGUAUUAUAUGGAAUAUGGCCAUACAACUUUUUUAAGAAGCUGGGCAUUCCCGGACCAAGGCCUCUUCCAUUCAUUGGGACAUUUCUUGAAUAUCGCAAUGGAAUAUUGGAGUUUGACCAGAAAUGUUUUAAGAAAUAUGGCAAAAUGUGGGGGUUUUAUGAUGGCAGACUGCCUAUCUUAGCCACUCUGGAUCCAGCUUUCAUCAAAAUAGUUCUAGUGAAAGAGUUUUACACACUCUUCACUAACCGUCGGAAUUUUGGUUUAAAUGGAAGUUUGGAGUCUGCCAUCACCAUUGUUAAAGGAGAGAAAUGGAAGUGGAUCCGGACCAUUAUCUCCCCAACAUUCACCAGUGGGAAACUGAAGGAGAUGUUUCCCAUUAUCAAACACCAUGGAGAUGUUCUCAUGCAAAAUAUUGAGAAGAGAAUGGCUAAAGAUGAGUCUCUGAAUAUGAAGGAUAUCUUUGGGGCCUACAGCCUGGAUACCAUCACCAGCACUUCUUUUGGUGUGGACAUCGACUCCAUUAACAAGCCAAAUGACCCCCUGCUUGUGCACAUCAAGGGGCUGUUCUCUUUCAGCUUUUUAAAUCCUCUGCUUAUCUUAAUAUUGGUGUUUCCUUCUCUUGUACCCAUAUUGGAAAAACUGAAUGUGAGUCUUUUCUCUAAAGAGAUUAUAAACCUUCUCGUGAAUGCAACGCGGCAUAUCGUGGCAGACCGGCAAAAGAGCAACAAAAGGGAUCGAAUGGAUUUCCUGCAAUUAAUGAUUGAUUCCCAGGCCACAAAUGACCCUGGAUCUAAGGAGAGGAAUAACUCUCCAAAGGCUCUGACUGAAAUGGAGAUUGUGGCUCAGGCAGUUACUUUUCUUUUUGCUGGCUAUGAAACUACAAGCACAACCCUCACCUUCAUUUCUUAUAACUUGGCCACCCAUCCUGAAAUCCAGAAGAAACUCCACGAGGAGAUAGACAGUAAUCUACCCAACAAGGCCUCCCCCACUUAUGAUACCAUCUUCCAGAUGGAGUAUCUGGACAUGGUGGUGAAUGAGACACUCAGGCUCUUCCCACUUGCGGGACGCCUAGAGAGAAUCUGUGAGAAAACUGCUGAGAUCAAUGGGAUAAUCAUUCCCAAGGGGACAGUGGUGAUGGUCCCUGUCCACAUUCUGCAUCAUGACCCAGAGUACUGGCCAGAACCUGAGGAGUUCUGUCCUGAACGGUUUGAUCGAGAAGGAAGAAAAUCCAUCAACCCAUAUGUAUUCCUUCCCUUUGGAGCUGGUCCUCGGAACUGCAUUGGAAUGAGGUUUGCAAUGCUGACCAUGAAGACUGCCCUGAUCAUGCUCUUACAGAAUUUUACCUUGGAGACCUGCAAAGAGACCCCGAUUCCCUUGGAAUUAGACACAAAAGGUUUUAUGAAGCCCAAGAAGCCAAUCAUUCUGAAGCUUGUGCCUAGAAUAAGAUUUGAUGCUGAGGAAAAGAAACCAAGGAAUUGAUGGCAUUAAAAAAAAGACUCUUCACUCAACCUCACCCUCUCAUCACUCUCCCAACCCCUUUCAAAAAAAAAAAAAGAAUAAGAAUUGGAAAAUUUCUAUGAAAAUUGCAUAUUAAAUAUGUUCUAUUUCAGAAGCCAUGGGAUAUAGUCCAUAGAAUUCUGUAUUCAAAUCCUGCCUCUCACACUUUCUAGUUAUGUGAUCACCUAUAACUCACAUCUCCUCUGAGACUCGGUUUUCUUACUGUAAAAUGGGAAUGACAAUAUCUAUAAUACACACUUCACAAGGUUUUUGUGAAGUUCAAACGUGGCGAUGCAUAAAUGAUUGGUCAUUUUUUCACAGUAGCAUUAGAAAUCACAUGAUCAAGCCAGGGUGAAGAGGGCCUAUCCCAAAUUCUGUCUUCAAUCUUUGGGUACCUUUCUCUCCAUCCUUUCUUUCCUCAAACAAUAUAAAGCCAAAAGUCAAUCCAGAAUUUUAAGACUUCAACUCUUCCCAUUGAAAACUAUAUAUUGUGUAGGGCUUUCUGGGUAAGCCAUCAUAUUGUCUGUACAAUAGGGACCAUUUUAUCUCCUCUUUGUCAAUAUUUAUACUUUUAAUUAAAUUCUAUUGUCUUACUGCUGUCA